ACCAUGACAGGGCCUGGUAUGAUCCUAGAUUCAUGUGGUGAGAACACUUACUGAAUCCAUUCCCAGUACCAGAUGAUAUGAAGGCUCGGCUCAAGGCCUCCUACGACGCCAUUGCAGACAAAUACAACGCCCAUUUCACAAGUUCUGAUGAUCCGGUCAGACUCAAAUAUCUUCAAGUUCUGCUAUCGCAACUGCAGACCGACGAUCAGCAGAGAGCCACUGUCCUAGAGCUGGGCUGCGGCGCAGGCGUUCCAGCCACGAGACGUCUACUCGAAAUUGCGAGCCCUGUGAUACACGUCACGGGCAAUGAUCUGUCAACAUCUCAGUUGGACCUUGCACGUAAAAAUUUGGCAGACUUUGAGGAUCGUUUGACGCUCGUUGAGGGAGAUAUGCUGGCGUUGAAAUUUCCGGAUCAGACGUUCAACGCCGUGACGGGCUUUUACAGCAUCAUUCAUCUGCCUCGCGAAGAACAGACUCAGCUUUUACGUCGAAUUGCAGCCUGGCUAAAACCUGAUGGCCUACUGCUCGCCAAUUUCGCAGUGGAAGAGUCAAAAGUUGUUGUUCAAGAGAAGUGGCUGGGCGAAGACAAGGGCUGGAUGCAUUGGAGCUCUUGGGGAGAGCAGGGUAGUGCUAAGAUGAUUGAAGAUGCGGGGUUGAAGAUCAUUUUCACGGAGACGAAACAAGUUGGGGGGGAUGCGAAUUUUGUUUGGCUUCUCGCGAAGAAGACUGGAUUUUGAAGAUGCGAGACCAGCACAAUUAAAUACAACUAUACUACAGAAAGCUGAGAGUAUUCACACAAUUUGCACGAAAGUAUAAUCUCCUCUGGGCG